AUGCCGUUUGUGAACAGCUAUCAUAAUAUUGAAAAUGUAUUAUUCUGGUAUGAUUUGGCAUCAAGUCAUUAUGCUGCAAGUGUAACCGAUUUUUUCGAAGAGAAAAAUAUUAAGUUGGUACCUAAAGAAAAAAAUCCACAGAAUUGUCCUCAGGCACGUCCUAUUGAAACAAUUUGGCAAAUUUUAGAAGAAAAGAUUUAUGGUGGUGAUUGUAAAGUCAAAACGAUCGACCAAUUGAAACGAAGGAUACAACAACAGCUGAAAAGAAUUGCCAUGAAGUCUGUACAAGCGAUGUUUUCGUCAAUAAGAAAGCAAUUACGAAAAAUCGCAGACAAAGGACCAUUCGCAGCUUGCUCAUUUUGA